UGUUCUGUGUGCUAUCAGCUGUCUUGUUAUCAAAUUUUGACGUUAUAAUAGAAGUUUCUUUGACAACAUGGAAGGAAUUUUAUGGAAGUGGACGAAUUACUGGAGUGGUUGGCAAACGCGGUGGUUUGUACUAGACAAUGGUGUGUUAUCAUAUUACAAGUCACAAGAAGAAGUUAAUCAAGGGUGUAAAGGUUCAAUGAAAGUUACUGCGUGUGAAAUAAUAGUGAACCCUGUGGACAGCAGCCGGAUAGACCUGGUGACGCCCGGGGAGCAACGCAUCUACCUCAAGGCAGACACAUCCCAGGAGCGGCAGAAGUGGCUGGUCGCACUCGGCAGCACCAAGGCCUGCGUAACCACCCGCAGUCGCAAGGACUCCGUGGACUCUAACCCUGACACCUUGAAGACCAAGAAGUCUGAGCUGAGGCUGUACUGCGACCUUCUGAUGCAGCAAGUCCACAUGGUGAAGUCUGCGGCCACGCAGGAGGAUGGGCCCGAACUGAAGAAGCUGGAUGAGGCGACGAACUUGCUGGGAGCAACCUGCGAUACUUUCAUUCGGACAUUAGAGGAUUGCAUGAAGAUUUGCCAUGCCAACAUGACUUACGAGCUUCCACAACCCCUGGCCGUAGAGAUGCCCCUCCCCCAGACUGGUACCAACAAGAGUAAGGGGACGAAGCCUUCGCUUCAAGUUUCAAGAUCGAACUCACUAGACAAAAAAACCUGAAAACUACCUGCAGUUCCAAACUAGGAAUGCAACUGUUAGAAGGCAGCACAAAUGCAGAAUUCUAAUUGUGGUAAAGGUAUCACAAGUACUACUAAUUCCAAAAUGCCAAAGCUGAGAAUGUGAUCCGUGCCAUGUAGUGUUGUUGGUAGAAUUGAGGUCUGAAUACAAUAUUGCAUUUACAAUUUUAUAUGAGUUGAUAAUGUCUGAUGUAAAUAUGUGUUGAAGAAAUAUUUUACUAUAAAUGGAGGUAUGUAUUCUUUUGUUUUGGGCACCUGUUGUGUAUAGAAGUGAUUUAUACUGUAAGUACUAUUGUAAUAAAGCUUUUUAAUGAAGAA